AUGUUAAAAAGCGUGGAGGAAGGCUCCCCAUUUACCGUCGACAAUAUCCCCUUCGGCGUCAUCUCGACACCCGAGAAUACAAAACCGCGAUGCGCAACGGCUUUCGGAAACUAUGCGAUAGAUCUGAGCGCGCUUGAGCGCGUUGGAUCUUUCAGCGAUAUUCCGGGCCUUGAGGGUAAAGGUGGAGUUGAGAUGAUCAAUAACGUUUUCUCGCAGCCCACUCUGAACGCUUUUGCAGCGAUGCCAAAAGAGAUUCAUCGCAAGGUUCGAAACUCACUCGUCAGGUAUUUCCGUGAUGGCCUUCCACCGAGUUACUAUAUCCCGCUCGAAACAGUGACAUAUCACUAUCCCAUGGACACAUUCAACUUCUCGGACUUCUUCUGCUCCUUGGAACAUGUCAAGAACUGCGCAAAAGUAAUGAACGCCCCCAUAGCCCCCAGCUUCUUCUUCAUCCCCCCAGUCUACAAUGGCCGUACCUCCAGUCUCAAAAUCACAAACACUCCGAUCCACCGCCCCCGCGGCGUAAUUCAACCCACCCCAACCACACCUCCAACCUACGCCCCGACGCAAGCCCUCGACUUCGAGCUCGAAAUGGGCGUCUUUAUCUCCAAGCCUCUCCCAUCCGGCCAGGUUCUGGACAUCUGCAACGCGCGCGAACAUAUUUUCGGAUUUGUGGUGUUGAAUGAUUGGUCUGCGAGGGAUAUUCAGAGUUUUGAAAUGGCGCCGUUGGGGCCGUUUCAUGGAAAAGGGUCUGGGACAAGUAUUUCGCCGUGGAUUGUUACGUGUGAGGCGUUGGAUGGUGUGGCUUGUGCGGUUGAGGUUGCGCAGGAGUCGGGGGUGUUGCCGCAUUUGAGGUGGAAAGGGAGAGGGGGGGAGGCGACGUUUGAUGUUAAGUUGCAGGCGAAGGUUUUGAGGAAUGGAAAAUCGUAUAAUGCCACCUCGACUAACCUGAACGAACUAUACUGGACGCCCUAUCAGCAAUUAACCCAUUUAGCCAGUGCUGGUGAGGGCUUGACUACAGGAGACAUAUUUGGAACGGGGACUAUCACGAGCGAUCGCACCAACUACAAAGGCGAAAAAGAUGGCAUCGCUUGCCUUGUCGAGCGAAAAGCCCCAGAAAAUGAAUUAUCUGGGCUUAAAGACAAAGGAAUCGAAUUUCUACAAGACGGUGACGAGGUAGUCAUGGAGGGAUGGUGCGUGAAUUCAAAGACAGGAGUAAAAUUCGGAUUUGGCGAGUGCCGGGGACAGGUUCUCCCUUCGAUAUAUUAUAGAGAAGAAGAUCAUCUAUGA